UGACAAAAAAUUAUCCGUAAUGUCAAUUCUAAAAUCAUAGAUAGUUAUUAGGAUGAUCCUAGUAAAACCUUCAUCACUUAGUAAUUUAGUAUUUAAAAAUCCCGUUGAAAGUCCAUUUAACCAAUCAAAAUCCAUAAAAAAUCAACACUUUUCUUAUAGUGUAAAUUCGUAAGACAAAGAUUAUUUUGUAAUUUCAAUUUCCUCGUUAUUGUAUAAAAUAUUCACUCAUCAUAUACAAUACUUUAUAAUAACUUUUGUAUUUCUGAUAAAAUAAAUGACAUGGCCAAAAUAAUAUUGAAAGAUUAGCCUUAUUUAAUAUAGAAAAUUUUCUUAACCAGAUUAUCAAUUAAUAUAUGAUGUACACUUUUUUUUAACUUAUCUAGUGUAAAAAAAAGAGUAAGUUACAGAAAAGUGAGAGUACAUCCUUAAUUUGAAAUUCGUUACAUUUGUUAGGUAACUAAUAUAUAUGAUUCAAAUCUAGAGUGAUUGUACUUGAGAGGGUUGAAUCUUUUUUCCCAUAUAAGCAUUUCACAGAAUAAUAUAAAGACAAUAAAGUAUAAAGGCGUUAAUUCAUUUAGAUUUGUCAAUGAAAGUAAAAUGAAGUUACCAACAUACUUAGUACUUACCAUGUGUGCCCUAAAUCUCAGGUUUAAAUAACCUUGCCUUUUCCAACUUUUCGUUCUAAGAAAUCCAUCCCCUUAAAUUCACCAUAUCUUGGUGAUUCCUCUCCUUCAACACCAACAUAACUCUUCUGUUUUAAUUUCUUUCUUUCUUUCUUUUCCUAAGAAAAGUUUCUCUUUAUUUUAUUUCUCCUUCACACCCAUUUCCAAACCUUGUUAUCCUUUUGCCACUUACAUUGUAGUAUAAAUCAUUAAAAAGAGAACUUUUCUCUUUUAUAUUUAUUAUUGUUAUUAUAACAUUACAUAUUGCAUACAAAAGUACAUAGCUAGUUAAUUACAUGCAUCUGUAUAAUUAAUGAUCUACAACAAGGUUAUUAUUGAGGAUUCAGAGCUAGAGGAAAGUAAAAAAAGGAAAAACCAUAUAUAGUAAGAUGAGAUAUGAAACACUAAUCAAUUUGGUCAUUGGAGGGGUCAAGGAUGAGAAAUUCAAAGGGUUGAUAAAUGAUGGCAUAAAGGGUGAUCACAAACUCAGAUUUCUUAUGCUUGCUCGUAGGAGAUCAUCAUUUUUGAAGCUUUGGACACUUCGAGUUGCAUUUGUUAUGCUGCUUUGGACCAUUGUAGUGCAAUUCAAAGGCCUUGGUGACAUGGUAACACCAUCCAUGUUCAAGACUCGUUCUUCUGCCUCCUCUCUACCACCUCAAAGGAUUUACGAGAAUAAUAAUGGGUAUCUAAUAGUUUCUUCCAAUGGAGGAUUGAAUCAAAUGCGAGCUGGAAUAUGUGACAUGGUUACCAUUGCAAGAUAUUUAAAUGUUACACUAAUAGUUCCUGAGCUGGAUAAUACCUCCUUUUGGAAUGAUCACAGCCAAUUCAAAGAUAUAUUCGAUGUGGAUUAUUUCAUCAAUUCAAUGAGAGAUGAGGUUCGGAUCCUGAAAGAGUUUCCUCCCCAACAAAAGAAGGUGGAAACAGAGUCCAUCUAUUCCAUGCCACCCAUUAGUUGGUCAAAUAUGACAUAUUACUAUGAUGUGAUUCUUCCCCGGAUAAAAUCAUAUGGGAUAGUACACUUCACUAAAUCGGAUGCAAGACUUGCAAAUAAUGGAAUUCCUGAGGAAGUUCAGAGACUUAGAUGCCGAGUGAACUACCAUGCUUUGAGAUUUGUUCCUCCAAUUGAACAAUUGGCCAAGAAGAUUGUUAAGAUUCUUAAGGAGAGAGGGCCUUUCUUGUCACUUCAUCUGAGAUAUGAAAUGGACAUGAUAGCUUUCACUGGUUGCAAUGAAGGAUGCAACAAGGAAGAGAUUGAUCAGUUAACAAAAAUGAGAUAUGCUUAUCCAUGGUGGAAAGAGAAAGAGAUAGAUUCUGAGAAGAAAAGAAAAGAUGGUAGUUGCCCUCUGACUCCUGAGGAAACUGCUCUAACACUACGUGCAUUGGACAUUGAUCGUAAUAUUCAAGUUUAUAUUGCUGCUGGGGACAUAUACAAACCAGAGAAAAGAAUGGCAAGUCUCAGAGAAGCCUUCCCAAAUCUGGUUAAGAAGGAGACAUUAUUGGAACCCUCAGAGCUUGAUCCUUUCCGGAAUCAUUCAAACCAAAUGGCAGCAUUGGAUUAUUACGUGUCAAUAGAAAGUGAUAUCUUUGUUCCCUCAUACAAAGGGAACAUGGCAAAACUGGUUGAGGGCCACAGAAGGUACUUGGGAUUCAAGAAGACAAUUCUUUUAAACAGAAAAAUUCUGGUGAAACUCAUAGACCAGUACAAAAAUGGGACCAUAAAUUGGAACCAGUUCUCCACUUCAGUGAAGGUAGCUCAUUCAGACCGUGUAGGGAACCCAAGUACAAGAUCAGUGGUGCCUGGAAAACCCAAGGAAGAGGAUUAUUUCUACUCAAACCCACAAGAGUGCUUGUCACCAGUUGAUGGACCUUAACUUCACAUCACAACCUAAAGACUUUAUGCUCUAUUUUUUGAUGGAAUUUAACCAGAAGAAGAUUCAUUAACAUAAGGAUCAAUCACACUGACUACGUUUGUCAUUUGGAUUUUCGUUAAAUUGAUUGCAUGCUAUGUAAUCUUAGAUGUGUAAUUAAAUUCAAACACUAUGGUACGAUAGUUACGUAACAUCAUUAUAUAACUGUUUGUUAUAUC